UCAUGUUUCAGAAUUUUUCAUGAAAAAAUAAUGAAUGCAUCGAUAACACGGUAUGCUAGUUUUUAUAACUCAUUGAAUUAUUAUUCACAGUUCAACUUCGGGUUAAGAUUUCGAUUCCCCAGAAUUGUUUAGAAAUAAAUUAUCGAUAAGAGAAUUAUUCCAAAUUCAAAUUUCUAGUGGAUUCCUUGGGGGUUUUUACUAUGAACUCUCCCUAAUAUAGAUUUAAUUUUAUAACUAGAAAAAGCCGGUUGGUGACCACUUGUUGUGUUACUUUAAUUUGUCAAUUCAAUUAUGUCGAGGAAUAUUGAGAUCAAAGCUGUGUUGAAGGACCCAGAGGCAGCCCAUUCAAGGGCCAAAAAAUUAAGUAACAGCGAUGGAGAAAUUAUUCGACAAACGGAUACAUUUUUCAAGAGUCCUCAAGGGCGCCUGAAGCUCCGAUGCUUUGAGAAUGACACUGGCGUACUCGUUUAUUACGAACGUUCUGACACAGAAGGACCAAAACUCUCAGACUAUUCUCUAGUGGAAUUAGCUAGUAAAAAAGGAUGCGACGAGAUGAAGAGUAUCUUGAAGAAGAUAAAUGGAAUAUCUGGAGUUGUGGAGAAGAUCAGGCACCUGUACAUGGUAGGCCAGUCCAGAGUCCACAUCGAUACUGUCACCGAUCUGGGAGAUUUCCUCGAAAUUGAGGUAAUUCAGGCUCAAAUUAAUUAA